AUGACCCGUGCACAAACCCUCGAGAUCGAAGAGCUGCGAGCCUCGAUGGCUCGGACAGUGGCCGAGAUACGCGCCAUGAAAUCUCAAGUGCAUAACGCGACGAGUGCCGCGCUGGAGAUUGAUCGACUGCUUGAAGAAACCCAGAGAACACCGUUCACAACAAGAAUCACGGAGGCAAGGAUUCCUGAACCUGGGAAAGUCAGAAUCCCAUUCUACGAAAGCACUACCAACCCGAAGGCGCACAUCACAGCGUCUAGGAUAGCAAUGGGACGAGCCUUCACAAGGAAUGCUGCCAAUCUGACCGAGCAGGAAAAAAAUGCCGGUUAUUGUCUGUUAUUCGUAGAGCAUCUCAAGGGAGCCGCUCUGGAAUGGUUUUCGAGACAGGAGAGUAUCUCAAUCAGCAGCUUCCAACAGCUGUCCGCUUUGUUCCUCAAGCAGUAUUCGAUGUUCAUGGAUCGAGGAACCUCCGACGCCAAUAUAUGGACACUAUCCCAAGGACCAAACGAACCGCUUCGGGACUACAUGGAAAGAUUCAAGGAAGUUGUGUCCAAAGCAGAAGGAAUAAGCGACAAGGCUGCACUCGAGGCUCUGAAGCGAUCUUUGUGGUACAAAUCCGAAUUUCGACUGCAGAUGGCCCUCAACACGCCGCAAACAAUUCAGGAUGCCUUACAUCGAUCGUCAGACUUCAUCAUAAAUGAAGAAGAAAUGAAAGUUUUGGACGAGCAGUAUGAAGCGACAAAAGCAGCGAUCCGGAGCUCAAUCCUAACGCGCUCCUCGAAGAAAGGUAACCCUUCAAACAACGCAACAACGCAGAGCUCGGAGAAACCAAGAAGCGGAGGCGCCCACAACUACCAAGUAGGUAUCAGACGCGGAAUGGGAGAGCCGUGUAGCAACACUUGGGUAAGGAGGCCCACUAACUACGACGAAAAGGCGUUCUGCGAGUAUCAUCAAACCCACGGGCACUCAACGGCGCAAUGCCGAACCCUAGAAGCAAAACUCGCAGCGGGAGAAAUCCAGAGCGCGGUGAAUCUAAAAGACCUCACCCCUACUGAGCCAAAAGAGGGAACCGAGCCGAACGGCGCGGCAGAACCCAGAAAUCCGCCGCGACGAGGCGAUAAUACCAAGCGCGACAGGAGAGGCGAACCUGAAGAACGACCCGAGCCGAGGCAAAGGAUCAACAUGAUCAUGGGUGUACCAUGA